UAAUGACAUAUGUGCUAAUUAUAUAUCCUUGGCAUUAACCCAAUCGAAAAUCUUUACCUGGCUUACCAUUAGCCGAUCCGAUUAGCCGUAUGUUUUUGAAAGCGAAUUAUCAAAUUAAUGGCAUAAUUAUAAUCAUGUGAUAAACCGUAUCAUAAUUCUCGUCGAAGACAAAAUAUGUAACUAUAUAAUUAAUCGCAUAAAAAUCAUUAAUUGGGUUUACAUACAUUUAUUUAUCAGCUGUGCGUGCUCUCCAACGAAUUCUCGGCGUUUAUACUACUCGGCAGACAAUCGGUUUGGGUCUGCACUUGGAUCGCAUGGCAUUCACCGUGAACAUGCGUUAUUACCUGCUGACGUAUAUGUCAGGUCGUGCUGAAUAUGAGAGUUGUGGGGUGAAAAUGACGAAUGAAGACAGACAUAAAAUGAGGAAAAUUCAUAGAUCAUCGGAUGUUUUGUUUCCCCGUUAUUUUUCGGAUAUUUUGCUGGUCAUUGUGCUAACGGUGACAAAUAGAACUGCAAUGAAUUUAUUGUCUUAUAAGUUUGUACCAUGUAAUAACAUGUAUCGUAAUCGCAUAAGCAAUGAAGUCGAUCGAAAUUAUUGCAUAAAACACAAGAUUGAGCAUAUGGUAACAAAUCUCACAGUUAAUUAUGCAAUUUAGCAUUUUGCUAUCACUACACGGACGAUUCCAUGAAUUCUAGAUUACCAAAGCUACGAAUUUUCACGAUGUUAUUUUCAGAAGAAAAUAUCUUCGUUAUGCAACGAGAAACGAGGCGGCUGCGCUCCGCACUGUCCAACGCCAGACACUGCCAUCACUUGCGAACGAAUGUCGUCGAUUAUUUCGUGAUCCUGAAAUGAACACAGGAACGAUGACUUGCCAUUCUCCUCGCGAAUACGGCAGCAAGAAGCCCCGAAGACGCAAGAAUCCAGUGUGUCCCAGUUAUAAUUUCAAACGGGUUCGGCAUCUGAAUCAUUCUGCACGCGAAUCGGAAAACGGCUACCCGAUCCAGCGUUACCAAGCAGACAGAACAGCGAGUACUAACGCAAUGCAAUCUGACUUUUCAAUAACCUGAUUUGGCGAUGAUAUAUGUAUAGAAAAAAUGAAUACACGAUAUCCUAAAAGUAUCGUAACCAGUAGACCUCGCGCAACAUUGGUUUUCUUAACCGUUACUUUGAAAUUUCACGAAUGAAUCUAAUCUUUUCUUCGUUUUUCUUUGAUUUAAGGAAAUAAGUAACGACAGAACCGUACUAACGCAUUUUUCUAAAGCGACUGUUUUGCCAUAACGAAACUGUCCGUAAGCCAAGUUGUCGAAGCGCAAUUCUGCAUGAGUCUCCCGCUCAGUGUCGUUGCCUCCACCUCUGCAACGAUGUCGAGUAAAGCGAGGGGCGGUCUAUCGAGUUUCGACGACAUGACGCUCUGGUACAAGCGCUUCUUCAGACUGGUCGGGAUCCUGCCGUUCGAGAAUCAAGAUUUCAGCUACCCGCUGACCCAGCUGCUCCUCGUCUAUUGCCUGUCCUUGAGCCUCGUCUACUGGAGCAUGUUCGUGUGCUACAUGAUCAAGGUGCCGAGCAUCGACGCGACGUGCGAGACGAUCGUGGUGGCGGGCACGACUCUGCGCUACUACCUGCUGCUGCUGCGUCGCCGGGACUUCGUCGAGCUGCUGGACGAGUGCCGGGCGAUCUGGGAGCAGCUGGACGAGGACGGUCGCCGGUCGGUCUGCCGCUUCGAGCGCAAGAUACGUCGCCUGUUCAAGUUCCUGCUCGUCAGCUUCUUCUCCACCAACUUCGCCUACUGCGCGAGCGCCGCCUUCGCCACCGCCACCGCCAGCAGCGUCAACGGCACCCGUGCGCGCUACCUGCCCUUCAAGUGGUACUCGGACGACGCGCCCAACCGCUGGCCCGGCUACAAGGCGAUCUUCGCCACGCAAGUGAUGGUGACCAACAACGCCUGCAUCUACGGCCCGAGCGUCGACUCGGCCGCGCCGUUCCUCAUCAUGAUCGGCGCGGGCUACUUUCGCGCCUUGCAGCGCCGACUGGCGCGCGUGGCCGACGACGGCGACGAGGCGAGCGCCGACCUGGAGCUCGUCCUCUGCUCGCGACUCCACCAGCGGAUACUCGGAUUCUGCUCGGGCAUCGACGGAAUCACGCGGAACCUGUUCUUCAUACAGCUGCUGUGCACCGUGUACAACAUAUCGCUCACGGGGAUCAAGCUGGCCGGUUCCGAGCCCGACAGAUACAAGUUCGCGCCGCUCAUGAUCAUCAACGUAGCCCAGCUGUACAUCUGCCAGUGGGCGCCCGAUAAUCUCAUCGACGAGAGCUCGGCGAUCUCGACGGCGGCGUACUCCGUGUCGGUCACCUGGAUGAGGCGUCGACUGGGCAAACUGCUGGUGCUCGUCAUCGCGAGGUCCCAGCGGCCCGUCCAGAUCACCGCCGCCGGCGUCGUCUACCUGUCCCUGGAGAAGUUCGGCUCCAUGCUCACCAGCGCCUUCUCGUUCUUCACGGUGCUCAGAAAUUUCAACGACUGAAGGGGCGCGAGGAAGCGUCGCGCGCCCAGCAGGAUUUAGCAGUAGUAUAUACCUGAUUUGUAUGUGUGUGCCCUUAGACGUAGCACGCUCGAACGAGCAGACGUACUGUUUCAACGCAAUUGACGCAACUUGCAAAUACUUAGAAAUAUUACACUG